AUGUUCUUCCAAUCCACUCUUGCUGCCGCUCUCGCCGCUCUGGCUGUUCUUUCGCCGGCGGCCUCUGCUCAACCUCUCGAGAGCCGAAAGACCGACACUGGCGUGACCACCUUCAAAUCCCCCAGCGUCAAGCCGUUUCUCCACCUCAAUAUCAUUGCGGACCUGCCCAGCAACGCCAGCACCCUGUACGGAAUCACUGCCAGAGCCCCAAAUAUGGGAGGCAACUUCACCGGAGCUAUUGAGGGCAAGAUCCUCCCGCUGGGUGCUGCGAUCGAAACCAUCCCGACCGGUACGAAUGGAACGACUAGUUUCUACACCAACACUUGGUCCCUCAACACCACCUCCGGAACCGGCAUCCUUCUAGACGCCACCGCCACCAUCCACUACGCCAAUAACGCCCUGCACGGCUUCGGAAGCAUGUCGUUCCGCACCGACGACAAGAACCUCAUCGAGCUGAAUUACGGCAGCUACGUCGCCGAGUUCGAGGGCAACUUCAACACGGGAGAGGCCGUCGUCGAUGUAUUUGACCUCGCCAGCAACGGCAGGAGAGACGGCCAGAAGGUGCUGGCGCUGUUGCCGCCCGGUGGAGGGUCUGCUUGA